AUGGCCUUGGCUGCUGCUGUGCUGAUCCUUGUGCUGAAGGAGUUUGCAGCUGCUCAAGCUGUGGAGCCCACGUGUAUGAAGUGGAAAAAUUUGAAUUUACCAAACCUCUUCCAGCACGGGGAUGUUGUUCUUGGAGGACUGUUUGGCUUGUAUUUUGAAAUAAUUGUAAAGAACGAGACCUUUAGAACAAGCCCAGAAUGGCCAGUGUGUGGGAGAUCUUUCUUCUGGGCCCAGACGAUGAUAUUUGCAAUAGAAGAAAUAAACCAAGAUUCUACACUUCUUCCAAAUGUCAAACUUGGCUAUAAGAUUCAUGACUCUUGUGGCAGAAAUCCCAAAGCUCUUGAAGGAGCCCUUUCACUCAUCAGUCCACAGGAUGAAGCUGCAGCUGGUAGUCAGUGCACUGGAACUGGAGGAGUGCCUGUGAUAAUCGGUACUCCGUCUUCAACACAAUCCAUUAUAAUAUCUGGAAUGCUUGCUCCUUUUGGAUUUCCCUUGGUCAGCUAUUAUGCCACAUGUGCUUGUCUUAGCAACAAAAAAGAGUUUCCUAACUUCUUUAGGACAAUACCCAGCGAUUUCCAUCAGGCCAGAGGCAUUGCUCAAAUUGCAAAACGAUUUGGCUGGACUUGGAUUGGUACCAUUGCCUCCAACAAUGAUUACGGCCUAGUAUCAACUAGGAUAUUUAUUGAAGAGGUUAAAGCUGCAGGAGCCUGCAUUGCUUUUUCAGAAACACUGUCCACAGUCUACCCCGAAAAGGAUUCUGUUCACAUUGCUGAUGUUAUCAAAAGGUCGUCUGCACAAGUCAUAGUUGUAAUUGCAGGGGAUAACACAGUGUUCCAUUUGUUUAAGGAGCUCCUGCUUCAUAAUAUUACCAAUAGGCAGUUCAUUGCAAGUGAAGCCUGGAGCACCACACGAAUUUUGUCUGAUUUCUUGUCAGUUACCAGUGGGGUGCUUGGGAUAGCCAUUGGGCAGAGAUAUGCAGAAAUACCUGGACUAGCGCAGUUCCUUGUCGAUGUCCAUCCCUCCAAGUUCCCUGGGAAUGUGUUUGUUCGUGAACUGUGGGAAAAUUCCUUUAACUGCAAAUUACCUACAGUAAAUCUCACAGAGCAGGCUUCCAGCAAGGCUCCUUUGUGCAAUGGAUCAGAGAAUCUACGUGAAGUAAAGAAUGGCUACACUGAUAUGUCUCAUCUAGGAAUUGCUCACAAUGUGUACAAAGCAGUGUAUGCCACAGCCCAUGCACUGCAUAAUUUGCACUUGUGUCAAAAUAGAAGUGGGCCAUUUCAGAACAAAUCAUGUGGCAAUAUUAAUAAUUUGCAACCGGGAGAGCUCCUGCAUUACUUGAAAACCGUUCGAUUCAGAACAAAAUUGGGUGUGGAAGUUUACUUUGAUGAAAACGGAGAUAUUCCAGCAACCUAUGAUAUAGUAAAUUGGCAGACGGGCAAAACAGGUGCUUUGGAGAUUGUAACCGUUGGGCAGAUUGAUGGAUCUGAAAUUUACAUUGAUGAUAAAGACAUUGUUUGGGCUGGAGGGAUGAACAAGGUGCCUGUGUCGAUAUGUACUGAAAACUGCCCCCCAGGCACCAGAAAAGCUGCCAGGAAAGGGGAACCAAUCUGCUGCUAUGACUGUAUCCUCUGUUCAGAGGGAUCAAUCAGUAACACAACGAAUUCCCUGCAGUGUAUGAAGUGUCCUUUGGAAUACUGGCCCAAUGGAUACAGGAACAAGUGCAUUCCUAGAGAAAUUGAGUUCCUUUCUUUUGAAGACGCAAUGGGGAUUACUAUCACGGCAGUCUCUUUAUCUGGAAUGUGCAUGACUGUGGCUGUGGCAGCUGUCUUUCUGUAUUAUAAAAACACUCCCAUUGUCAGGGCGAACAACUCAGAGUUGAGUUUCAUAUUGCUGUUCUCAAUAACACUGUGCUUCCUGUGUUCGCUUUGCUUCAUUGGGCAGCCCUCAGACUGGUCUUGCAUGGUCCAGUACACUGCUUUUGCAAUUAGUUUUGUUCUUUGCAUCUCUUGUAUUCUUGUCAAAACCAUUGUCGUGAUGAUGGCUUUUAGAACUACUCUCCCAGGUAAAGAUGUUAUGAAGAGGUUUGGCUCUACCCAGCAGAGAAACAGUGUAUUUGCCAAUACAUUUAUACAGAUUAUCAUAUGCAUCAUCUGGCUUUCUACCAGCCCACCAGUGGCAGACAGGAACACCAGCUACCAAAGUUCAAAGAUCAUCCUGAAAUGUGUUAUGGGGUCUGUAACUGGGUAUAGUUGUGUGUUGGGGUACAUAGGUUUGUUAGCGUGCAUCUGUUUUUUGUUUGCAUUCUUAGCUCGGAACCUGCCAGACAAUUUUAAUGAAGCAAAAUACAUAACAUUUAGCAUGCUCAUAUUCUGUGCCGUGUGGAUCACAUUCAUCCUGGCUUAUAUUAGCUCUCCAGGAAAAUACACAACAGCAGUUGAAACAUUUGCAAUUUUAUCUUCUAGCUUUGGUCUCCUUGGGUGCAUAUUUGUCCCUAAGUGUUACAUUAUUUUGCUUAAACCGGAAAAGAAUACUAAGAAACACCUUAUGGGACGAAAAUUAAAACAAUAA